CUGGAUUCGGCAUUCUUUCCCCAGCGCUCUCCGAGAGCGUACUUAUAUAGCUGUUCUUUAAUUUAUCGCUCCAGUAGACGUGUAAAAUAGAAGAGAUUCAAACUCGUUCAAGUAUGGGGUGAAGAAAACCACAGUUUCCGUGCAAGUUAAACCCUGCGAAUCUACACAUUUCACGUCACAUUCAGCUUCAUUUGUUAAACCACAAUUUUAGAAGGAUUGCGAUCGUCGUGAGUAUUGUACGUUUGAUAUUCCAUAAAUAGAAUACAAUACUACAUUUUGGCUCUUAUGUGUGGUUGCUAUACCUCUUCGUUCCAUACAAAUGGUAGCUACCUACAUUUCUAUUUAUUGAAUUUACUCACCUCAAUAUAGAAGUCAAAUUUUACGCCAUGCGAGCAGAGUGAAAAGGAGUUGAUGAUUUUUUUCCUUUUCUCGUCAAAAUUACCGAGACGGCUUCGUGAUACAGAGAGAAAAUGAAACAAACGUAAAGCACGUACAGUGUUACAUUUCACGCCGAAGGAGACCAAACCUGACAAAAUGAAAAAAACGCGAGAUAGAAAUGUGGUAUUAUUAUUCACUUUGAGUUGAAUCUUGGGCCCGUCGGCGAAGAAGAAAAAAAACUAUCGUACCCUGGGACAGGGGUCUCCGUCGUCUUUAGUAGAUCAUGAAGUAAUCUGAUGUUGAGCCACAGCUCGGAGGAGUCAUUUAAAGCUUUGAAGCAUCAUUAACCACCGCCAGUCUUAUCACUCUAUUCUACCCCUCGCGGCGGAGUUGAAGGGAGCGCGAUUUGACAACUCAACCCAACGACUGUGCGCGAGCGUGAGAAUGCACAUGCCAGUGUGUGUGUGUGUAUGUAUGGUAUAGCUGAAGGGUUGAAGAGCAAAUCGCAUACAUAACCAAACACUCGAGCACGUGGAGUAAAUAGGACUAUUAUUGCUCGCCUUUGCUCUCUCACCGCUUCUCGACGUUGGCUGAACACCUUGCAAGGUCUACGGCAUAUCUGUAACUACAUCUCUGAAUUAGAAACCUUACCUGGGUGGAAAAAUGGGCGAUGAAAAGGAAACAGAGUACAUGUCUGUAGCGGUGGAGGAGCCUGGGAAGAAGACAGCCAACAGCACAAACUCGAGAGGGAAACCUGCAUCCAUAAGAGCUCAUGGUGUGAAGUGUGUGAAAAGGCGUACCACCCUUGAAAAAUUCCUAAUCUUCCUUCUCUUCAUCGUUCUUCUCUUCGUUCUUCUUCUCAUCAUUGUUCUGGUAACCAAGAGCAGGAAAGGAUCGAACUUAUGCCUCUCUACACAUUGCGUAUCAGCAGCGGGUGCGCUAAUAGAGAACAUGGACUUGGAGGCAGAUCCCUGUCAAGAUUUCUACCAGUUCUCAUGCGGAGGAUGGAUGAAGAAGACAACUAUACCAGAGGAGGAAAACAAGGUCACAGUACUUGGGCAACAGCAAGACAAGUUACUUGUCUUAACAAGAGGUCUUUUGGAAGAAGCAACAUUACCAAAUGAAAACGAAGCCGAGUCAAAAGUAAAACAUUUAUAUGAAGCUUGCAUAGACGAAGCUGCUGUCAUCGAAACAGACGUUGAGCCACUAUUACGGUUUGUAGAGGAACUCGGCGGAUGGCCCAUUAUCAGUGAAACAUUCGACAAAGAUGCGUGGGUUCUUGAAGAGGUCAUGGCCCAAAUCCGACAGCUGCACAACGUCAACUAUAUCUUUAAACAGAACACAAUGAGAGACAUCACGAAGUCCAGUCAGACUCUAAUUUUCCUAGACCAGCCUGAACUUGGAAUGAAAUCACGUGAAUACUUUCUCAGAGAUAAAAGCGACAAGCUGGUGCAGGCUUACAUCACGUAUAUGAACUCAAUAGUGAAGGAACUAAGACCGGACCUGAACGACACCUACAUUGCAGAAGAGAUGAAUGCUGCAUAUGAUUUCGAAAGGGAAAUUGCUAAUGCCUCACUAGCAAAAGCUGAAAGAAGAGACCUGUUGAAGAUCUACAACAAGACGACAUUACAGAACUUAGGUGCAAUGGCCCCAGGGAUCAAUUGGUUCCGUUAUCUGAAUCUGGUGUUCAACGAUGAUUCUCUCCUGGAAACAGACCUAUUCAACACAUUCGAUCUACAGUAUCUGAUAAAUAUCGCAGAUAUUGUCACAAGAACUCCAAAGAGGGUGAUGGCAAACUUCUUAAUGUGGCGGGUCACCAUGAAGAGCAUGAGCUACCUCUGCCCAAGAUUGCUGCACCAUAGGCUGGAGUACCGCAAGGUUGUUGAUGGCGAGAGGGCCGACGAGCCUCGCUGGAAGACCUGCGUACAGCGCUGUACAGUCCUCAUGAGCAGCUCGGUGGGGGCCAUGUUCAUCCGGAAACACUUUGACGAACAGAGCAAGAUUGAGGCCAGGAAGAUGGUACAACACAUCCGGGAAGUACUGCUGGAUAUAUUAGAAGGAACUGAUUGGAUGGAUGACGACACUAAACAAGAAGCCAUUGCCAAGGCAACAGCAACAUAUGAUCUGAUUGGAUACGAUGAAAACCUAAAAAACAACGCAUCUGUGGAUAAAGAGUUCGAAGACGUGAACAUCACCAGGCACCAUCACUUUCAAAACAUCGUGGAACUGUGGAAAAGCAUGGCCAAGUGGAUGGUCACACAACGCAAAAUCUACUUUGACGGUCGACAAGAUUUGGAUUCGCCAGUGAAAGUUAAUGCAUACUACCAGAAUAACUACAAUAGAAUGUAUUUUCCGGCUGGAAUUCUGCAACCUCCAUUUUACUUCAGGCACAAUUUGAAAGCUAUGAACUACGGCGGUAUUGGGAUGGUAAUCGGACAUGAACUGACCCACGGCUUUGACAACAAAGGUCGGUUGUUCGACAAGGAUGGCACUCUACGUGCGUGGUUUUCCUCAGAAUCGGUAGAGGCAUUUAACGAGAAAAAGCAGUGUUUGAUCGACCAAUACUCCAACUUCAGCUCAGUGGUGGAUGGCGUGAGGAUACAUCUUGAUGGCGCCUUGACACAGGGUGAAAACAUCGCUGACAAUGGAGGGCUAAAACAGUCCUUUGAGGCUUACAGGAGAUGGGUGAAAAGGCGAGGGGAAGAGGAACCUGAACUUCCUGGGCUUGGACUCUCCAACGAUCAGCUCUUCUUUCUCAACUUUGGACAGAUCUGGUGCAGCUUGUAUCGACCAGAGGCACUCAAGGAAAUCCUCGCUAACAGUGCACAUCCGCCUCAAUACUUUAGAGUACUAGGCGCUAUCACAAACUCGCCGUCGUUCGCUAAAGCAUACAAAUGCCCCGCUGGAUCACCCAUGAACCCGGAGAAAAAAUGUACAAUGUGGUAAUGACAGAGUGAUCGACAUAAUAUAUUGACAUAAUAUGGAGAUAUGAAGAUCGGUUGAGGCUCCUAUUGUACUGGUUAGUUUUAUCUGAGCAUCGUUGCACAAAACUUACCAUUGAUGGUAACUUUACCAUCAAUGGCAACUACCAUGGUAAAAUGGCUCAGUAGCCAAUGAAAAUCAAGUGUCCAUGGUAGUUACCAUUGUGGCAAAUUUACCAGCAAUGUUAAGUUUAAAGCUACGGACCCCAGGCAAAAUUAUAGUCCCGGUUCCAUCCUCCAGAUGCAAUGUAUCGAAGUCAUGUUUUAGUUCAUUACUGAUUAAGUGGUUCAUUUAUAUAUAGAUGGCGUCGGUCACACCAAAACAUUAUAAUGAGCAUCUAUUACUAAUGUAUAGAGACAAUGUGUUUGUAUCAUUAUUAGUUAUCGUUAGGGGAGAGGUGGGACCAGGACUAAUACAGCACUGUGUGGCAUGCCAUACGUAUCACUCGCCGGGAUUAUUUUUCAAAGAAUAUGUAUGUUGUAAACGUAAUCAAAUUAAACAGCACUAACAUAUGUUACAUAUAUGGACAUAAUUAUGUAUGAGUACGGUACCUAGUUUUUAUCCUCGAAAUUGUUAAAGAACAAGAAAUGUGAUCAACAGAGACAUAUGUCGUCACACUUGUUUGUGACGUGACGCAUUUAGUGGACGAAGUUUUUAGUUAUUGAAUAUUUAUCAAAUUAGUAAUUUUUAUAGUAUAACAUACUGUCCAAAAAAUGUAGAAAAAGCUCAUACAUACCGCGAGCGGUUAUUUCGACGUUUGCAGGACCAGGCUUGGCAGAGGAUAAUCCGACAUAUAUAGGCCUAUUAUACACAGCCUGCAUCCUCCCAUUAGGACUGAUGUAAUGGCUGCGUAUAUACAGCCUAUCUUUUAAAAAAACGAUGCGGCGCCGGACGAGACACCGCUUUGUAUGUAUUAUAGCUAUGUACUUUUUACCAUUCUAACAUGAAUGUGAAGGGAUGUGCUAGUCCAGAGGACCUGUUUUCACAUAUUGUUUUAUUCGAAUAAGUUAAGAAAGUUUUAUCGAUUGCUUUAGUGUAUUAUGGCCAUUACAAAUUAGGUGUCAUGGCCUGACGGGAUGCACCAGACACUAGCUCAGGCAUUGUGACCGUGAUACUGGCCACAUUGCGAUGGAUUAUUAGCGCAUAGGCUUGAUUGACGCAUGUAAUGACGCAUUCGGAAUUACGCCUCAUAAUCUAAAUACAGUACAUGAGAUAUGGGUGGUUGUUAAUACGUUUCUAAAGACAUAUAUGAUCGCAAUUGUAAACUAAACAAUUAAAACUCCACAAUUAACAAGUUGACUUAUUAACGUAUCCACCCCAUGUAUUCAGAGACUUGAUUCGAGCAGGAAAUGCAACAGGAAUUGUUCACUCCUACAAAAGUUACUAUUCACCUUCGCUUUUAUUUGUCAUUAUUUCUGCCCCCCCCCCCCGAGUUGACGCCCAUACCAGGCCAUUACCGCGCAACCUACAUACAUAUACAUGGCCAUUUCAGGCAAAAGCAUUUUUCAAACCUGGCAUUGACAGAUAUUAUAUUUGUUUUCAUUAAAAGUUAAUACAAUUUGAAACCCUCUUUCCGUAACACAUGCCAAGUUACGUUUCAAGGCAGAUAUAAAUAUGUACAAUUAAAAUGUAUAUAUGCAAUAUAAGAUAAUGUCUUUGUUGUACUGAAACUCGAUAUCAUACACGUAUACGUUUUCAGAGAAGAAUGUGUUUGUCUAUUAAAUGCUGUUCUGUAAAUAGCUAUAUAAUAAUAUCAGUGAACUAUAUACAUUAUAUACGCUGAAAACAUUAUUAUUUCACCUGAAUUUGGAAUCAGAUUCUACGUAUUGUAGUAAGGAUUGAAAAUGUGUAUAUAUAUUACAGGAAGACGUACCAAGAAUUCUAAGAUGUUACUGCGUAAAAGUAUGAAACACUCGUAUAAAAUUAUGCACUGAUAUGCAUGAAUGAUUAGAGUGUAAAUGUAUAUCGAAUAUCGUCAUAGAUGUGUACAUAUAUGGUUAGUAUGUAUUUGGUAUAGCGUUCUUUGUAUUACCAGUGACAAUUUUGUACUUUGUCAUAUGCAUUUGAAUCAUAUAUAAAACGCGUUGAAUAGCAUGAUGUAUUUUGCCAAUGGCGUGUUGCGUUCGUAGCAGGGUGUAUACCUUUAACUGUAGUUUUGCCAACUGAAAUAAAUUAAUUCAUUUAAUACCAGAAUA